CAUUGCAAUUGUGUAUUUGUCGCGUGGUGUUUUGUAAUUUUCCGCAAAAAUUGUGCAAUUUCCAUAAUUGCGUGGAAAAUAGUUGUUGUCUCAGCUCCCAGGAAGGUCUCUCGAAUGUCAUUGAGUGGAAAUAGUGAGGAAAGAACUGGAGAUAUAGGGGAAAAUUGCAAGAAAAGUGUGUGUGAGGGAUGGUGUCAACGAGAGGGGUGAAAUACGCAUUUUCCGAGGGCGAGAGAGUCCUCUGCUACGAACCAGAUCCCACAAAGGCUAAAGUCCUCUACGACAGCAAGGUUCUUGAGAUCUUCGACACAAAAGACCGGCGUGGUCGACGCGUUAUUGAGUAUUUAAUUCACUUCCAAGGUUGGAAUAGCAGUUGGGAUCGAAGGGUGAACGAGACAUUUGUGCUGAAGGACAACGUCGCGAACAGGCAAUUGCAGAAGGAUCUGGCGGAGAAGUCUCAACUGUGUCUGGGCGCUUAUUUGUACAGGAAGGAUCGCAAGAAGAGCAAGAGUAGCGGAAGCAGUGAUCAGCCGGCAGAGCCUGUCACGCUGUCUCUUCCGGUUGCCGCUGCUGCCAAGGUGGAAAAUGAGCUGCAAAUGCAGGACAAUGACACAGAAUCCUACAGCAGCUCCGCGGAGAGCGGCAGUGGUCAGGUGGAGGACGAGAAGGUGGUCAUUCAAGUCAGCAACACACUGCGACAGCUGCUGGAGCACGAUCAUCGCAUGAUCACGCGCGAGAGCAAGCUGGCAGUGCUUCCGGCACAACUGCCCGUCGUCACGAUUCUUGAGAAGUUCGUGAAGCAGUGCUCAGUGAAGAUGAUCUGCAACUUCAUUCGCCAGGACGUGCGGAAGAGGCGAAACAGCACGACGAGGACGGACAAAGAGCCUCUGGACACGGAGAAGUUGACCAACAAGCUGAAUCUGUACAAGGAAGUUGCCGAUGGCCUGAGAAUUUAUUUUGAUUUCACACUCAAGAACCACUUGCUGUACAAACAGGAGCGCCAGCAGGCUGAGAUGGUGUUGGAUGAGAAGAAUCUCUCGUCCUUCACGUACAUUCCAUCGGAGAAUUCCUUCUCUGACCUCAUAUUUCCGAGUGUCUCUGAGAAAUCCACCCCAACAAGUGCCACGGAAGUGGACGACACGGCCAGGAGGCGGCUAAGAUCAUACCGGAUGGAGUGUGAGGGUGAGGAGACGAGCGGCGAGAUGCCUUUCGCCGCCACAAUAGCAGAAAUUUUGAGGAGUGUGCAGCCGAUGAAUGCUUCGGUGCCGCUCAAGCUCAAACUUCUGCUGCAGAACACUUUGGCGUGGCAUCUUCUACCCUCUGACGCUCCCGCCGAGCCCUCGAUGAUCUACGGGGCGCCCCAUUUGGCGCGUUUACUGGUGAAACUCCCCGAAUUCCUCACGCACUCGGUGACGAGCAUGUCUGAGGAGAAGAUGAAGUGCCUUCUUGAGUAUCUCGGGGAGUUCCUGGAGUUUCUCGAGGAGCACAUCAAUUGGUUCGGCGAGGAGAAUUACCAUUCUGCCACCAAUAUCAAGAUGGAGAUCGAAGACUAA